AUGGCUGGCCGAUACUACAAAGCCCAAACUCUCAAUGUCGUGGUGGAGGUGAAGCUGAGUGCAGCAGAGGAGCAGGAGAAAUGGCUGGCGGAUGCACUCAACGUGGUCAAGCAGCAGGCCUUCUACAUGCGCCGAGCUCUCCCACCUCCUCUGCCUGCCUUCGCUGACUCUCAGGACUCGGGCAACCUACGAGAGGCCCUCAAGUACUCAGCGCAAAUGCUUUCUGAGCUCCGCACCUCCAAGCUCGCACCACAGAAAUACUACGAGCUCUGUACGCGCCUCAAAGUCCACCGCAUCCGCACUGUUCCCCAACCCUGCGUGCAUGGCAUGGCAGACAUAGUGGUGUGUGGCGAGCUGCAGAACCUGGAGGCGUUCUUCUGGGACGAGCACAAGAUGCGCGGUCGCAGCUGUGUGGACCUCUAUGAGCUCGUGCAGCACGCCGGCAACAUCGUGCCAAGGCUGUAUCUCCUGUGCACGGUAGGGGCAGUGUACAUUCGCAGCAAGGAGGGACCGGCUAAGGAGGUGCUCAGCGACCUGAGCGAGGUGUGCAAGGGCGUGCAGCACCCCAUCCGCGGGCUGUUCCUGAGGGCGCACCUCACCCAGUGCAGCCGCGAUAAGUUGCCUGACACAGGUUCCGAAUACGAAGGCGAGGGUGGCACAGUGGUGGAUGCAGUGGAGUUCCUGCUGCAGAACUUCACGGAGAUGAACAAGCUGUGGGUGCGCAUGCAGCACCAGGGGCCUGCCACCGAGAGGGAGAAGCGCGAGCAGGAGCGGCGAGAGCUCAGAGACUUGGUGGGCAAGAAUCUGCAUCUGCUGAGUCAGCUGGAGGGGGUGAAUCUGGACAUGUACAAGACUGUAGUGCUGCCGCGCAUCCUAGAGCAGGGACGAGAUAGCCAGCAGUACCUAAUGGACUGCCUCAUCCAGGUGUUCCCAGACGACUUCCAUCUCAACACCCUUGAGACGCUCCUGGGGGCGUGCCCUGAGUGCGUGCACUGCAUUCAUCCUCCCUCCCCUCCUCUCUCGUUCCCUUCCUCUCUCGUUCCCUUCCUCAUCGGACCUCCCUUCCAGAUCGUGAACUGCAGGGACGAGAUAGCCCAGCAAUAUUUGAUGGACUGCCUCAUCCAGGUUUUCCCAGACGACUUCCAUCUCAACACCCUCGAGACGCUCCUGGGGGCGUGCCCUGAGCUACAGCCGAGUGUUGACGUGCGGACCAUCAUGUCUCAGUUGAUGGACCGCCUUUCGACCUUCAUGGAUAAGAACCCUGAUGCGUGCCUCGAGCUGCAGCCCAGCGUUGAUGUGCGAACCAUCAUGUCUCAACUCAUGGACCGCCUAUCGACCUUCAUGGAUAAGAACCCGGAUGUGAGUGCUGGUAGCCCUGCGAUACCGCAGAGGAUGUCCGCACAGUGUUCAGUUAAGGUGCUUCAUUCAUUCCCGUGCAUUUUCGACCUCCUCAUCUGGCGUCUGUUUUUUCUCCUUCCCCUGCUGCCCCGUAAUCACCAGGCCUUGCCGCAUUUCCUGGAGGUGGAUGCUUUUGCCAAGUUCAACUCCGCUGUCAGCAAGUGUCUCUUCUCACUCCCACCCAUCCCACCGCCGCCCCCCCUUCCCCCGUCCAUCCUCCCCCCGUCAGGGGAUGGAGGCACAGGCGGAGAGGCUGCUGAAAGGCGUUGUGACGGAGGCACAGGCGGAGAGGCUGCUGAAAGGCGUUGUCAGCCUGCGUCUGCUGCUGCACGCCAUGCAUGUGUUCUCACUCACACCCUUCACCGCUCACCCACACAAUUCCCCCCCCCCCGUCAGCUGAUGGAAGCACAGGCGGAGAUGCCUCUCACGGGCGUUGUCAGCCUGCCUGCAUCUCUCUCUGCUGCACGCCAUGCGUCUGUUCUCACUCGCACCCUUCACCACCCGCGCCCCCAUCCUCUUCCCCCCUCAUCAGGUGAUGGAGGAGCAGACGGAGAUGCUGCUAAAGGGUGUGGUCUGGUGAUGGAGGCGCAGGCGGAGAUGCCGCUAAAGGGCGUCGUCAGCCUGCAUCUGGCUCUCCUGCAGUUUGUGCUGCGCGUGCAUCCCGACCGCCUCGACUACAUCGACCAAGUGCUGGCGGCUUGUGUGGGGAUAUUGGAUGCGAGGAGGCAGACCAAGGACAGCCCGACAACAAAGCAGCUGGUGGCGCUACUCUCAGCAGCGCUGGACAAGUUUGGGCCGGGCGGCGUGCUGACGGUGCUGCAGCUACCACACUACGCACGGGUCAUGGGGCACCUGGACCAUGAGACGAAUAAGGCAAUGGCGGUGGUGAUCAUUCAGAACAUGGUGAAGCAUGAGACCACGAUUGGAGACCCAGAGAAGGUGAGUUACGGGCUGAUAUGCUUCUCACCUGCCGCAUUACGCGCGGGGUUGUGCCUCUGCAGCACGAAUUCCAGACUCCAGAGGGACUACGCGCGGGUCAUGGGGCACCUGGACCACGGGACCAAUAAGGCCAUGGCGGUGGUGAUCAUACAGAACAUGGUCAAACACGAGACGACAAUUGGGGACCCGGAGAAGGUGGAGUGCUUACUCAGCCUCGUGCGCCAUCUCACUCAAGACAUGGACGGCGUUCCUCCAGUCGACGAGCUUGACAUGGACGACUUUUCUGAGGAGCAGAAUCUCGUGGCGCGUCUCGUGCACCUGCUCGUCAAUCCCGACCCGAGAAUACAGUUCCAGCCUGCACCUUCUCUCUGUUUCAUGCCUUCCUCAUCCGUCCAGCCUGCACCUUCUCUCUGUUUCAUGCCUUCCUCAUCCGUCCAGCCUGCACCUUCUCUCUGUUUCAUGCCUUCCUCAUCCGUCCAGCCUGCACCUUCUCUCUGUUUCAUGCCUUCCUCAUCCGUCCAGCCUGCACCUUCUCUCUGUUUCAUGCCUUCCUCUGCUUGCCCACACACCCCGCCAUCAUCCGAACGCAUCUCUUCAAGGAGGCCAGUGAAGGCUGCAACUCUCUCUCUCUCUGUUGCAGCCUGCGUGGCCUACUGUGUCUUACACAUCGCUCCCUCUCUGUUCCCUCCACUUGCCUACACGUGUCAGAUCCUAGCCAUCAUCCGAACGCAUCUCUUCAAGGGAGGCCAAUCCAGACUACGCUUCACCAUCCCCUCACUUGUCUUCUGCUCGCUACAGUUGGUGCACCAGCUGCUAUCUCAGGGCAGCACAGGGGCGGAUCAGGCACUGGCAACAGCGGGGGCAGCGGCGAGUCAAGCAGCAAUGGCGGCUGCUGCAGCAGGGGAGGGGCCUGUCACUCCUCUCACGCUCUUCCUCUUCCUGCACAAGGUGGUGGAGACCCUGUCAGAGUUCGUGCCUCCAUUGGCCCUCAAGCUCGCCCUCGAGUGCGCGCAGGUGGCCAGUGCGUGUGGUCUGGAGCCCAUCGCAUAUGACCUCUUCACCCUCGCCUUUGUCAUUUAUGAGGAGGAGAUAUCGGAUUCCAAGGCACAGGUCACCGCUCUGCACCUGAUCAUUGGAACGCUGCAGCGCUGCCACGUGUUUGCAGAGGAGAACAGAGACACGCUCACACACAAGGCCACUGGAUACUCGGCCAAGCUACUAAAGAAAGCGGAUCAGUGUCGUGCUGUGUGCACCUGUGCACACCUCUUCUGGAGCGAUGAGGAGAACGGCCCUAGAGAUGGCGAAAGGGUGGUGCUGUGUCUCAAGAGAGCGCUCAAGAUUGCCAACGCAGCAGCUCAGCAGCUCUCAGCCGCUGCCAGAGUGCCCGGUUCGCACGUGGUGCUGCUGGUGGAGAUUCUCAACAAAUACCUGUACUUCUUUGACAAGGGCAACCCCCAUGUGACCCCCGUGGUGCUGCAAGGCCUCAUCGAGCUCAUCACCUCCGAGCUCGCUGUCGAUGGCGCCACCGUCGAUGCCACCGUGCACAGCUUUUACCGGGCGACGCUUGCGCAUAUUAAGGACCAGAAGCACAAGGCGGGUGCGAUAGGGAAGAAGUAUGCUGAAAUCCAGAUUUGA